AUGGAAAUGUGUAUGUGUGAUCGACUCGAGUGCCCUCCGUAUGGCUACUGUGGUUCUCAGUAUCCCAUGUGGAUGUUAGGGGACCAUCCCACAGAAGCUGAAGGAAUAGUAAAACACACGCUGUGCUCCAGGAUCUCAUCUAGCUACUGCUGUCACACCCCAGGGGAAUCGUCUUAUAUCAAAGGAGACGUCAUCUAUGUGAAGAAGUGUCCUGGAGGAUAUUACGUAUAUCGAAUUCCAAAUCUGAAGUAUAAUUGGGGCGCCAGGUCUGUUUGUUCGGUGAAGGACACCAGUGACCCGUGCCUCGACAGUAACUGUACAUACGGUUGUGUUAACAACAAUGGGAAGUUUCAGUGCACCUGUCCACCUGAUAUGGUCAAAUCUGGGGACCACUGUGUGUUACCGUGUCAAGUCAACAACCCUGGCUGCAGCCAUGGAUGCGUCAAUCAAGCUGAUGGCACAGCUUCUUGUCGCUGUCCAUUUUACCUGACUCUGGGCGCAGACAACAUAACGUGCAUAAGCAAGUGUCAGACCAACAAUGGCGGUUGCAGUGAUUAUUGUCACGAAGACGGUCAAGGCGAUGUCGCCUGUAGCUGUCCGGCAAAUCUGGUACUCGCCAGCGACGGGAAGACAUGUAAAACCUCAUGCACAAUCAACAAUGGCGACUGCAGUCACGUGUGCAACGACACGGACAAAGGUGUCGUCUGCGACUGUCCACCUAACUUGAACAUGGGAGAUGAUGGAAAAACAUGUGGUGCGUCUGACGGUUUUAUAUAG